AUUGUCGGCAUGACCUCGAGUUAUAAAUAGCCCAGUUUUCUUCGAUGGUGGGGAAUGAUGCGCCGAUGGGAGCAACUGGACGCGAGCAACGGACGUGAUGUGCAAAGGCGGCGACAAAAUGAAUACCAUGCAGCCCUCGCUGAACAAGUGCGGCUGCAGGAGGCGAAGAAACUGGCAGAACGUCAGGACCGCAUGGCAUCCCAACAAGUGAACCAACAUCGAGGAGGUGCAGGCCAUGGGCCACAAGUGCAGGGAGGGUUAUUUGCUGGCCUUGGUCAAAACCAUACCGUGGGCAAGAACUCGUAUGCGAGAGGCCAUCACGUUGAGAAAAUAGCAGCAGAACGCAAGAAGCAAGGCCAGCCCCAAGAACCGCCUGGUGACCUUGCCUCUGCCAACUCACAACCAUCUCCGCCUCCCGGACAGUACUUCGAGCCACAACAGAUGCAUCCGCCACAUGGUCAGCAGCAGUACCAUCAUCCCCCACAGCAUCCCCCGCCCCAGUAUGGAGGCGGGUACACUGAUCAACAGCACCACUACAUGCCCACUCCAGAAAUGACGUCGCCCUUCCGCCACCAACCUCCAACCCAAAGCUUUCCGCAGCAGGGGUAUCAUCAAGGCGGAUACGAGUCCCUGCAUCAGGACCAACCUCCCUGGACCCAGCCGCUCCUCCCUACGCCCCCGCCGGCUCAAGGUGCGACAACAUAUCCAAGUCCACCACCACCGUCCCAAUUGCCGUACCAACAACAGCCUUCGACGUCACAUGGUCGGCGGCAUCAGCUAAGUGCCACGGGCGCAGUAGACUCAACCCGUCGAAAUGCUCAAAUGGAGGUGCAGUCGCUUUUGAAGCUGCAAAUGGAAGACAACCAGCGACGAAAGGCCGAAGCAAAGCGAAAGAAAGACGAAGAAGAGCGCGCUGAAAUGCAACGUAUCGAAAAAGAACUCAAGUUGCAGGCCGACGCGUUCGAAGCGGAAAAGAAAGCCAAGGUGAAGGAUGCUGCUGCCAAGCAACAACAACUCGAAUUCGACCUUCGGGUCAAGCAGGAAGAAGAACUGAAGAAAACAAACCCAAAAUUGCGCCACAAAACCAUGCACGACGAUGCCGUCCCUUUAGCUCCAGUCCUUAUUCAGCCUCCCCCAUCCGUGCUCCCGCCGGAAGGCCAAGUUCCUCCGAUUAUGCCUCCGGGUGGCGCCUCCCGGGAAUCUCCUGGGCUUGACCCCCACCCACACCUAUUUUCCCCUCGCGACAAUCAGCCAUGGCAAAACCAGCAGCCAUUACACCCGAUGUCACAGCCCACGCCACCUCCUUACAGCCCAAUGGACCAUGGGUACUCGACGGGACCGCCACUGUAUCCCCCGACUCGUGUCGGGUUCCCUGGGGAUGCAUUUGCUCCACCCAUGUUUCCUCCCAUGAUCCCACCAAUGCAAAUGCAACCUUCGUCUUCGAUGAGUCACUUCAUGGAUGCUCGGUUGCAAAUGCUGGCCAACGAAUUAGCGAGUCAACGAAUGCUGGUCGAGCAAUUGGUUCACCAAGCACCGCCGCCGGUCCGCGGCCAUGUCCUCACCGCGGACGACUUCGACAAGCUCCGACGUGAGAUGCAAGACGAACUCGAUCGACGAGAUGCCAUGCACAGACAGGAGCUAGAAGCGUUAAAGGCCCAGGCAACGGCGGCCGUCGACAUGACUUUAUCCAGCCGCCGCCAUGCAUUGACUGACAACAAUUAUGAGGAGGCACAUCGCAACAAGAAAAGUCCGGGGGUUCAACCAGACCAGGAAACCUCACCACAGAAACCAUUUCCCGGAGACAAGACGCUUCCUGCAAGCGGGAAGCAUUCGUCGCAUCUCCCUCCAAUGCGACGGUCGUCGGAUGGCAGUCCAGUUGGGGACGGCAAUUCAUUCGUGUCAAAUUCCCCGCACAAGCCAUUUCCAGGAGCGAAUGGUCAGUAUAACAUCCACGGCCGCUUCACCAAGUCCACAUCGCAUGGCGCCGCCAACUCGCCAGAAAAGCCCUUCCCGACAACAAGUGGGCACAACAAAGUACAAGGCCAACCGAUACUCGAUCACGCCGCUAUAGCAUCCUCCGACAACGUUCAUGGCGAUGAUGGUCGGACUUUUGUGUCGCAUUCGCCGCACAAGCCAUUUCCCGGCGCGAAUGGUCAGUACAAUAUUUACGGCAGCACGACGACAGCGACAUCCAUGCAAAAGCCAUUCCUGGGAGCGACUCGUCCGACGAGCUCUAACGACACACAACCUCCACCACGACCGAGGCGAGCCAACGACCUCAUUGAGAACAACCAGGACGAAGGCGCGUCCGUCGUGUCAAGUUCCCCACGCAGACCGUUCCCCGGAGCACAUGGUCCGUACAACUUUCAAGGCAACGCACCAGUUGUGGCACCGUCGUCGAAAUCGCCAGAUGCGAAACCAAUUCCAGGUGGCAAUGGACUGCACACACUGACACAUCUGCGGUCACCCCGGCGACGGCAGACGCACGACGUUGAAUCCCAGUCCCCACCGAAACCUGCGCGCGCCAAGCCAUCGAGCCGAAUUCACCCUCACGCAUCCCCUCCAAAGGCAGCGCAGCGAUCUCGCCACGCUUCUUCCCCUGACAAACCAACAACGGAACCCCCACACGUCAAACCCAUUCCGCGUCACAAAACCCCCUUGACCAAGCCCAACAAGCCUCCGUUUGAAGUGGUCAACUUGUUAGAGGGGUCGUUGGACGGCCCGUCGUCCUUUAUCGCCUCCAAGAACGACCACGCGACGACGUUCAAGUGCGAAAGCACGAUGAUUUACUUUGACGGUCAAGUUGAUACACAACAAUGUCCAGCCAUGCAGCCCAACCAACUCGAAGCCAGUCCCAUCCACAUGUCGACUCUGUCGCCCUGCUUUUCGUCCCUAUUUGCCGGCACAAACGAGGCGUCGUUCAUUCACACACCGGGCGACCCGCUCAACAAGUCGCUGCCCACCGCACCGUCUGCAGUGGUGGAGCCGUCCACUUUGGUUGCAUCCACACAUCCAAAACCGUCGUUUCACGUCCAUGUCGUGGCGCCGCCGUCAUCGUGGCACACAUUGCGUUACGGUUGCGACGAGUCCUUCAGUCGGACCACCGGUUGGGACGGAAGUUUUGACGUCGACACGUUGUUCGAGAAAAACACAACGCGGCGGACGUUGCUGGAGCAACUAGAACAGCAACCUGUUCGUGCGCCGCAGCAUGUCGAGGAUCUGGUGGCGACGUUUCGGGCCAUGUCCAGCCAAAAGUCGACCCGCCCGGGACCUCAGGAUGAAGUCCACGCGACGUCGAAAUGGGUCGGCGCCACCAUGCCCAAGUGGCUGGUCAAGUCGUCACCAGAUGCAACACCAUCAAAUUGUGCCGUGGUUAGACGUAAACGAGACUAUGUGGGGUAGCACACUGCGCCGCGGUGUCGACGCAGGGCUUCCGUCUUCCAUCGUGAAUACCUCCCGGCCUUCAAAAUAGUCUUUCGUGUACACGAUCUCGUCCGUGGGGUGGUCGACCACGGGCUCGUCGUCCGGCUGGUGGAUUGACGAGUUGCUGUGGCGGGACGAGUCCAAAUAGUAUAUCGAUGUAGACGCAGCACCGUCGCUGCUCUCGGGGGAGUACGGCAGCGCCAUCACCACCGGCACGACAAUGCUGUCCAUCAAAGCGUCCAUCGUGGGUUCUGGGCCACCUGUUCGAUCCGACAGUUUGCGGCGAAAUCCGCCUUCAAAUGGUUCCCGCCACCCGUACAGGCACGCGCCAAGAGCCAUGGCACCACUGGUUCCCACAAGCACCGGCGUAAUUGCCGCGUCAAAGAGAUAUGCGAUGGACAGCGCUGUGUACAAAUUGACAAGCGUCAAGCUCGCGUGGAACGAAGUGGACUCGGUCGCGUGGUGCGAUGAGCUCGUGACGGCGUAAAACAAUAGCACCGCCAACGUGUACCCAAUAAACACUGUGCCGACCACGCCGAUUUUGGCAAAGAUUUCAACAGGCGGGACAAGUUCGGACGUCA